GCACCGCGAAGCUAGUCCGCGACGCUCGCUGAAAGGAACAUCGGUGCCGGCGCGAAUUUACGUGCUUGCCACGGCGAAAAUUCCGGUCAGUGUGGUGUGUGGUUAAGUUCGGUGAAAUGAAAAUUAAUAUUGGAUUGUUGCGUGUCGGAUUGCUGUUCUGCGGUUUCUUAACCGAAUGGUGCUUGUGUAUGAAGGAUCUUAAGAUUCAAGUACCGGCGGCUGUUGAGAGAGGACAUGAUGCUACGUUAAAUUGCAUGUUUGAUCUCGAUGGGGACAGGCUUUACUCGGUGAAAUGGUACAGGGGAUCGGGAGAGUUCUACAGAUACACCCCUAGCGAAAGUCCCAAAGUUAAACAAUUUAAAAUUAAGGGCUUAAACGUGAGGGGGUCCGACAACGCUCAGGUUGUGCUCUUAAACGUUACCAGGGAUGUCAGCGGAAUGUUCAGCUGUGAGGUCACUGCCGAACAACCCAGUUUCUUCACCGACGUGGGAUCCGCUCAUUUAGAGGUGGUAGAUCUUCCGAAAGGUGGACCGAGAAUAGAAGGUUUGAUGUCGCGCUACCGCAUUAACGACACGCUGAAGGCUAACUGCAUAUCGGAAGGCUCGAGCCCUGGUGUUAACCUGACCUGGUACAUAAACGACAACCCUGUGGAUUCCAAAUUCGUACACAAACAUAAACCUCGUCCGUUCGAUAGAGAUCUAGUGUCAACUCAUUCGACUUUGCGUUUAACAGUGAAGAGCCAUUUAUUCCACAAAGCCAAAAUCAGAAUACGCUGCGUUGCCAGCUUGUACAAUCUGUACCACAUGAUUACGGAGAAAAUAGUUGGAAAGGAUAAGAAAUCGAACCGUAACUCACAUCAUCACCAUACGACCACUUCAACAACGAUGGUACCGUACAAAUCGUGGGAACUGACUCAAGCUGCCAAAAGACCACCCGACACAUGGGUGUUUGUGCCAAUGGCCAACGAUUUUUUGAAUCACAGUAUCAGAACCUCACCGCUAAGCAUCUUGGGCCAUUUAGCAAUACUUCUAAUUAAUGUAAUCAUGUUCGAAAGGUGAUUUUGUUUGGCAUCUUUCUAGAAUAUUUAAUAUUAAAAUUUGACGGAAAUAUGUGUACGCUGAUAUGCUCAAAUAUAUUUGGAGGCUUGUCUACCUAGUUUUGGUAAUCUAUAAAAGACUGCUACAUUUAACGUGCAUGUGAGUGUGAAUGGGAAGAAACGAAAUAAAAAUGACUUCAGCGCGAUAAUUCGUAAUCAAGGGAGAAAGUUGUUGGGGAGAAAUUGAAAGUUAAAAACCUUUUUUCGCUCGUCCCGCGACUACUUUAAAGUAAUGUAUUCUGUUGUUUGAUUAAAUUACAGCGGCCAUUUAGCCAAUCCGACAGAGUUUAUGUACCGCUUACUGAGAAUUUUUUCGAAGCUUAUGAAAAAGUUUGCUUCCCAGUUCUUUCAUCGCCUACAGCCUACGGGCGCGGGUAAUAUGCAAAUGGUGUACCACUAUCUUGUCGGAAUACGCAAGGAAAAAAAAGUUGUGUUCCUUGUCAGUAUGUAGAUAGGUAAUUUAAUAUUAAAAUUUCCCGGGGCGGAAUUCAUAUAAACUUUUUACGGACGCAGACAUGGAAUGGAUAUUAAUUUUUCAAAGGACCGCGUUUAAAAUUACUUCAGUUUAAUUUUCGAAAAUGUACUUCAACGCACCUCUGGUUUACCUAAACAAUCUAAUAUUUUACUCGAUUUAAAAUCGCAUCUCAUUCAUUUGUUAGUUUACAUUUACUGUUAUAGUUAUGGAUGAUAAUGGCCUGGAAAUUGUCACUACAAAGAACAUUCGUCACAGCUAUGUUCAAUUUAUGAAUUCCCUUUUAUCACUGUCCUUGUAACACCCCAAAUAUUUUUGAGCAAGCAAAUAUAUGUAUAGUAUUAUUACAGGCAAUAAUGUUGCUAAAUACCUAUUUGUAAAUAAACCUAUUUUAAAAAUCAGUUUCAAAAUUAGCUAUCUAUGAUUUAAAAUCGAUAUAUUUUCGUAAAUAACAUAGAAAAAGACAUUAUACUUAACGCACACAAUUGUAAUAUAAAUAUUGCACAAAUUCAAAAUUAAAUAAUAUUUUGUAACUGAUUUUUCCAACAGUUGUGAUUUUGAUAAAUGUUCAAAUCCUAACUAAUUUAUAUUAAAUGCAACUAUAUUUCUUAUUUUGUUGUUCUUAGCUACAUUUGUAAUAAACUACUGAAUAAUAUAAAUUAUGAACGGGAAAUUAGCGAAUCUUCUUUAGGAAAUGAAUUGGUUCGAGAGGCUAAACUAUUGUGCAAAAUAAAAUUUGAGCCUCAGAAUUAAAAUGUGAACGCUGUGGAAAUCUGAAUAAAUAUUUUUCUAUGUGAUUAUAAAUUAAUUUAAAUGUUUUUGCUCUCGUUUCAAAUGAUUAGCCUAGAUAUUCGAUUGUAAACUAAUUAAUGUUAUUUUUAUGUUGAUUGUUUUUAUAAAUAUAUAUAUGGAAUAAAUUUAAUAUUAAUUAUAUUAUAUUCAAUUAAAAUAUGAA